AAUAUAGCACAUCUACAUCUAGAAGGGGAGGUUUUCAGGCGUCAUACAGAGCAGUUAAUGAACGAGCUGAGUGCAAUGUUGCACCAAAGAGUAUCACAACUUAUAAUGAGGAUAAAACUACUUAUUCUUAUGAUGCCGAAGAUCAAACAGAUUACAGCACUUUGGCUGAUGAUAAACCAAUUUACAUAGCCGUGACCGAUAAGAGAACAACUUACACCCCUUUGUCUAAUGAUAAAGUAACUUACACCGUCGUGCCUGAUGAGAGAACAACUUACACUUCUAUAUCUCAUGAUAAAGUAACUUCCACUACCGUGUUCGAUGAGGGAGCAACAACAUACACAGGGGCAUCUAAUGAUAAAGUAACUUACACGAAUAUACCUGACGAUGAAACAGCCAAAGGUUCUGGGAGUGGAAGAGCG